ACUUGCUCUGUAGACGGGACUGGCCUCAGACACACAGAGAUCCGCCUGCCUCUGCCUUCUGAGUGCUGAGUGUGUCACCACACUCCUUCCUUAUUCUUCCGUUUGGAAAAUGAGAUCCACUGUAGUGUGAGCUGUGGGGUCUUCCUCUAUUCAGAAUACGACAUAUCUGAACUCUCAAUAAUGGGUCAGGAAGGAUUUUGGGCAGAGCCGAGUGACUCUAAACAUUUGACAUCUGUCUGAGAAAGGCUGAAGGUCCAGCACCUUUUUUCAAGGUCAGCAAAGGGUAGAGAUUUUGAAGUUAGUUAUCACAGGGUUCUCAGCCAGGCAGCCAAGGUCCCUUCCUCCCACUCUGCAGAGAAAAGAGGAGGUGGUUGAAGAAAGGAUAUGAGAUUGGUUCUCUGCUCCUCCCUUUCUCUCCCUGUUUUCUCCCCCACAGCAGUCUUCUCCCCCACGGAGACUGGGAUAGGACAGAGGGGGCGGAGUUGGGGAUCGAGGGUUUGGAAGCCCUACAGUGCCCUGUAUCUGCAGAAAGCCUUGGCUGGGUUAGCUGUGCUGGUUUAUGCUGUCCGGCUGCCAUCCUUUAGCAGGAUGUUGGGAACACUGGGGCUUUGGACACUGCUUCCGGCAGUUGCACAAGUGUCCCCAGACAGGAGGACCUGUGUGUUCUUUGAGGCUCCUGGAGUACGGGGAAGCACAAAGACACUGGGGGAAGUGCUAGGUGCAAGACCAGGGACCCCCAAGAGUAUCCGCUGCCUCUACAGUCAUUGCUGCUUUGGCAUCUGGAAUCUGACCCAUGGCCGGGCACAUGUGGAGAUGCAAGGAUGUCGAGACAGUGAUGAGCCAGGCUGUGAGUCCCUCCACUGUGACCCAAUCCCCCGAGCCCACCCACGCUUGGGUUCUACUCUCUUCACAUGCUCCUGUGGUACUGACUUCUGCAAUGCAAAUUACAGCCAUCUGCCUCCUUCAGGGGACCAAGGGGCUCCUGGCCCCCAGGAUCCUCAGUCUACCUCAGGUGGGCCCGUCUGGAUGGCACUGCUGCUGCUGGGGAUGUUCCUUGCGCUGCUGAUGUGCAGCGUCAUCUUGGCCCUGCUACAACGAAAGACCUGCGGAGUGCACGGUGGGUCAGACCCUGAGCCAGGCGCAAGCACAGGCGGAGACUGUGAAGACUGUGAGGAACUGCCAGAGCUGGCUGAGCUGUGCUUUUCCCAGGUGCUUCAGGGAAGGAGUGGGGCCCCCCCGGUACUCCUGGAGGUUCUGCUGGGGUGGGGGGAGCUUGGCUCUGAUGUUAGCUCAGAGGUCCACACUCAGUGCAGUUGCUUCCAACAGGUGAUCCAAGAAGGAGGGCACGCAGUCGUCUGGGCCGGGAGGCUUCAGGGUGAGAUGGUAGCCAUCAAGGCCUUUUCCCCAAGGGCUGUGGCUCAGUUCCGAGCUGAGAGAGCUGUGUACCAGCUGCCGGGCCUACAGCACGACCACAUCGUGCGCUUUAUCACCGCUGGCCAGGGGGGCCCUGGCCCUCUGCCAUCUGUGCCUUUGCUGGUACUGGAACUGUAUCCUAAGGGUUCCCUGUGCCACUACUUGACUCAGUACACCAGUGACUGGGGAAGUUCCUUGAGGAUGGCUCUGUCCCUGGCUGAGGGCCUGGCAUUUCUCCACGAGGAGCGCUGGCAGGAUGGUCAAUAUAAACCAGGUAUUGCCCACCGAGACUUGAGCAGCCAGAAUGUGCUUGUUCGGGAAGAUAGGUCGUGUGCCAUUGGAGACCUGGGCCUUGCCUUGGUGCUCCCUGGCCUUGCCCAGCCCCCUGCCUCAGCACCUACUCAACCUGGAGGCCCAGCUGUCAUUUUGGAGGCUGGAACCCAGAGGUACAUGGCUCCAGAGCUCUUGGACAGGACUCUAGACCUACAGGACUGGGGCACAGCCCUCCAGAGAGCAGAUAUUUAUUCCCUGGCUCUUCUCUUGUGGGAGAUCCUGAGCCGCUGUUCAGAUCUGAGGCCUGACCGCAGACCACCACCUUUUCAACUGGCCUACGAGGCAGAACUGGGCAGCAAUCCCAGUGCCUGUGAGCUGUGGGCCUUGGCAGUAGAGGAGAGGCGGCGCCCCAGCAUCCCGUCCACCUGGAGCUGCUCCACCGCAGACCCCGAAGGGCUGCGGGAGCUGCUAGAAGACUGCUGGGACGCAGACCCCGAAGCACGACUGACAGCUGAGUGUGUGCAGCAGCGCCUGGCAGCCCUGGCUUCCCCGCGGGUGGCUUCUUCCUUCCCAGAGAGCUGUCCUUCAGCACCUGCCUCUGCUCCUCUCCCCUGCAGGCCUCAGCAGGCUUCCUGCCACCUCAGUGUUCAGCAAGGCCCUGGCUGUAGGAGUCCUCAGCCUGUCAGUACUAGUGUUCGUGUGUAAAUGAGCCGUUUGUAUGAACGCUUUAUACAGCUAACAUAUGUGUGUCGAUCACACACCUGUUGCUGUCAUUCCCUGUGGGUCUUUAGCCCAUGGGGUACGUGUGCUCAGGAAAGAGAAUAAAGAUUUCCCACUGUU